UUUAAUAAAAUCGAGAAAUGUUUCAAAUCUGUGAUUUCAUGCAUUCUGAAGAAUCACUUUCAGGCUAAAUACUCAAACAUAAGUGCAAAGAUGCGUUGGGAAUCUUCAAAGAAUAGAAAAAGCUAAUGCAAAAUGCUUAGUCUUUGUGUAUCGAUUUAUAUAAAGAAUUUGUUCUAAAUGGGACUAAAACAUUAAGAAAAUUCCAAAGUAGGACUACAAGUUUAUUAUUUCCAAGAUAGGAUCCCAGAUUACAUUUUUGCCCUCUCCUGUAUUAAUUCAAUUCACCAACUUCUCUCCGAAUCAAUCCCGUUAAUAUGCAACUUCUCUCCUGGCCUUGGAAUUGCAAUCCUUUGUCUGCAAUUGAACGCAAGGAUUGUGCCUGCGACGGAACGCAGCUCCUACAUCAUCAACGGCGGCCGCCCUCCCCAUCGACGCCAAUCAUACCUAUUUCGCCGGCAAAAAUAGGAUCUUUUGGCAUUCUUGGUUCAUUAGCAUUCUGGCCGGAAUGAACUUUUUCACGAUUGAAUUCAGAUUGUGUUGUUUUUGAGGGAAUCAUCUGAGAUGAGCUGUAGGGAUUAGCACCUUGGAUGCAAGAUUAGUGAAGUUCUUAGCACCAAAUAUGUUGUACAUCUUUGGAAUUGCCACCAUUAACCUCUAAAGGAUUGUAACCUUUAAAACUUCAACUCCGGCUCAUGAUUUUUUCUGUUAGUGCCAAUUCAUGAAGAGGUGGCAUUUUCCAGCUCAAAAUCCUAGCACAUUACGGCCGUAUGAUAGAAAAAAAUAUAUACGGCUUUCAGGGACAUCGUUCGUUCAUCCCCACCCCUAAGUCGUUAACUCCUGUGCUUAACAUCUCUUCAAUGAAUACAUCGCAAGCUUUCUAUUCUCCAUGACUCCAUCGCCUUCAUCAUCUAUACAGGUCAAUGUUCAUCCCCUUCCUCGACUUUGGCCAUCAUCACCAUCAACUCCAGAUAUAGCUUCUGUACAACGCGAUUAGCCUAUGAUAAGAAAUUAGUUGAUUCCCCACUGAUAUCACCACGGAAAUCGUUGAAAUGUCUUUUACAUCUUAUUCAUUUCUAUCAUCAAUCGUCAGAUUCAUAACAAAUUUCAUUCUUAACAUUGCCGAUUCUUGGCCUCCAUUUCUUAUGACUUCAUAUCCAUUCAGUGCUACACAGCUGGUUUUAAGGGCUCAUAAGGAGGCUGUAAAUUCACUAAGUGGGAAUAGGUCAAGCAAGUUGGGAACAGUUGCCACUGUAGUAGCUGCUACUAAUUCAAUGAGCAUUGCUUUAAUAGCAAUGAAGAUCCAUACACCUGACAACCUCAUGGAUGAUAUGUCAAUUACGACGGCUCAAUGGGAAAAAACGUAAUGAUCCCAAUUUAAAAGUUGUUUACUAAGAGUUAUUAAAAGGCUUAAGUGAAGAAAGCAACCUGGAAAUAUUUUGUUCAUUCCUCCUCCAGAGCUUCCAGAUACUUCAUUUGAUUAAAAAUACCUUUGAACUUGUGUCUCAAAUGUUCUGAUAAAUUUCUUGAACUGUAUCAUAUGGAGUAAUGGAACCAAUAAUCCUAUUUUCCCUG